AUGACCCUCUACUUUUUAAACGGGCACAGAUUCACAGUACAACUGCCACCCUCCAAUGGUGAAAAGAGGAAGGUCCACAACGUUAAAGUGUACUUCGAGAACGGAGAUCAAAACAAAGCCAGGGUUCUGGUCGAUGACAAGAAAAUAUCAGUUGAUGGGGAUCUGAACCUUGCCCAUCCUGUGAUUCAUUUGAGCACAGGGCAAAAGGCAAAUAUGGCCACACAGAUUGUCGCAAAACGUGCUGGAGAGAUCACGAUUCUCUUCAAAGGUUCGCCUUUCAAAAUCAAAGUGCUUCCUGAACAGGCACUAGAAUACCUCAAGUAUAUGAAGGAAAAGCCAAAACUUGAUUUGUCAACGGUGGUGUUGGCACCUAUGCCUGGAGCCAUCAAGUCUGUCUCUGCAAAGCCUGGCGAUAUGGUCAGCGAGGGUCAGGAGCUUGUCGUCAUGGAGGCAAUGAAGAUGCAAAACAGCUUACAUGCAGGGAAAACCGGAAAGGUACGGCCUUCGACGUUAAUAAUCUUGAAGCGGUAUUGA